UCGUGCAACUUCAAGUCAUUACCCGCCCGAUGAUAGUGAUUGGUUGAUUGGAAGCACAUUGAAAAUUCAACUGAGGAGAAAUUCUUUAUUUAUAGAUAAUUUACAAUUUGAUGAAUUAAAAACCAUCAAGAAAAAUGUCGUGGUUGUUCGGUUAUAGUACAAAACCCCCUCAGCCUCCUACAGAUGAUCCGCCUCUAGGGAACGAAGGUGGUGCUGCUGCCGCACCCUCCCAAAACCUGACGAAAGCUGAAAAGAAAGCUAUGGAAGCAUAUCGGUUUGAUUCAAGUGCCUUGGAGCGAGCAGCUCAAGCAGCCAGAGAACUCGAAAGAUCUAGACAUGCUAAGGAGGCUUUGGAACUCAGUAAAUUACAAGAGGCAACAAAGCAGCAAGAGCAAAUGGCGAAGAUCAAGGAAUAUGAAGCUGCCAUAGAACAGUCCAAAGUAGAGCAGAAGAAAGUGGAUUAUGAGGAAAGGCGUAAAACAUUACAGGAAGAAACUAAACAGCAUCAAAUGCGUGCUCAAUAUCAAGACCAACUUGCAAAGAAAAGGUAUGAGGAGCAGUUGGUACAGCAGCAACGAAGUCAAGAAGAAAUAUUGAAAAAGCAAGAGGAAAGUGUAGCAAAGCAAGAAGCUCUGCGUAGAGCAACCAUUGAGCAUGAAAUGGAACUUCGUGAGAAGAAUAAAUUGAAGACUAUUGAAGCAGAAGCCAGAGCCAGGGCUAAAGCAGAGCGUGAGAACAGGGACAUCACAAUGGAACAAAUCAGAUUGAAAGCUGCGGAAAACAGGACUACCAUCUUGGAAAGUAUAAAGACAGCUGGAAAUGUGAUUGGCACAGGUCUCAAUGCCCUCGUGACUGACUGGGACAAAACCUUGGCAGCGGCUGGAGGGCUGUCUCUCUUGGCUUUGGGUGUGUAUACAGCCAAGGGGGCUACCUCUGUUACAGCCAGAUUCAUAGAGGCCAGGAUUGGAAAACCCAACUUGGUCAAUGAAACCUCAAGAUUCUCAUUGUUAGAAGCCCUGAAGCAUCCUAUAUUGACUGUAUCAAGAGCUGUGGCAAGUUUUAGAAAACCAUCUGAUGCAUUGUCUGGAGUGGUCCUUGCACCCACUCUAGAGAAAAGACUUCGGGACAUCGCAAUUGCAACAAAGAACACACGGCUUAACAAAGGAUUUUACCGAAAUCUUCUCAUGUAUGGUCCACCUGGUACUGGAAAGACAUUAUUUUCAAAGAAACUCGCAAAACAUUCUGGAAUGGACUAUGCCAUUUUGACUGGUGGUGAUGUUGCACCUAUGGGCAAAGAUGCAGUGGCAGCUAUCCAUAAAGUAUUCGACUGGGCGAAUACAAGCAGAAAAGGUGUACUAUUGUUUAUCGACGAGGCUGACGCAUUUCUGAGGAAACGUUCAUCUGAGCGUAUCAGUGAAGAUUUGAGGGCAGCUCUGAAUGCUUUCCUUUACCGUACAUCUGACCAGAGCAACCGCAUUAUGUUGGUGUUGGCUUCUAACACUCCGCAGCAGUUCGACUCGGCUAUCAAUGAUCGUCUGGACAAGAUGAUUGAGUUCGGACUCCCCGGGUUUGAAGAGCGAGAACGUCUUAUUCGGCUUUAUUUUGAUAAGUUCGUGCUUCAACCCGCGUCUGAAGGAAAGAGGCGUUUGAGCGUGGACCAAUUUGACUACGGAGCACUCUGUACCAAGCUAGCGGAGCGCACUGCGGGCAUGUCAGGUCGUGCCCUGUCUAAGCUUGGCGUCGCGUGGCAAGCGGCCGCAUACGCCUCCGACGACGGCCGCCUCACUGAGCAAAUGUGCAUCGAUAUAUGCGACGACGCCGUCAAAGAUCAUCGCCAGAAGAUGGAGUGGCUAUCGACUGAAGAGAAAUCUCGAAGUAUGUUGCCUUACCUGCUAGACUUACCACCAUUGGACAAACUAGACAACAACAAACCAAAGAUUACAAUUACAGAGUUACCAUCUGACGAUGAGAAAUCUACAAAACCCAAAUCCAAGAAAAAGGUUUCUGCAAAGGAAAUUGAGACUGAAAAGUGACACUGUGCCAUAGAGAACGAUGGAGCAAGGCCACAAUCACGAGCAAGCACAACUCCCAGCAAUAACAUACAAAUUAAAAACUGUGAUACAAAUAACAAAAAAAUCAUAUAUUAUGAUCUGAGAGUGUCCAAAUUCCAAAAAUUCAUCAUAAUAAGUGAUCAAGAUAUGAUAACAUUGAGGCGGCUUUCUCAAAGAAUUAGAACCUAAUGGUUGUACUUGAAAUUGUGCUUGCUUUUUACGCUGUUUUGGUGGGUGUAUCAGAUAUUUAUUUCAGAUUGUGUGGUGCUAUCCACCAAUGACCGCUGUCCUGCAUUUGUUAUUAUUGAUUAUAAGUAGAUUAAAUAUAUUCUUUACCAGUCGACUAAGCCGAAGGUAUGAUAUGAUACAGACAAACAAAACCUAAAAACAAAUUAUGCUGAAAUUUCUUUUAAAAUAAAAAUAAAUCUUUGGAAUUUUCACAGGGUUAUAUCAGGGGGAAAAGCCUGUUAAAAAUAUACCAAUAGUCUGAUUUUUUGACUGGUAUUGAAUGAUGCAAUAAAAGUACAACUAAUAUAAUAAUGAAACUUGUAUGAAUACUACAAAUAUUCUCACAAUUCAUACAAGUUUUCUAUGGAAUAAACUUGAACUGUGCUUUCGUAGUUAAUAUAGGAGCUAUAAUUUUCAAAUAACUUUAAGGGUGGCAUUGAAAAGGUAUAUUUGUUUCAAACUUAAGUAUAUUGUGUGUAUGGUAUAGUUGGGGAUAUUGUUUCGUGUAGCUUGGCAAAAGGAAAACAAAAUAAGUAUAGUCUAGAUCUUUAUUGUACGAAUACUGAAGUCUCCAAUGAGUUAGUAUUACAGCACAACACAGUUCUUGUUCGUGUAUUGAGCAAUAACAACGAAAAAAUAAAGAUUGUUGAAAAUCGUCAAAAUACUUAGGUAUAUUAUUGACCGUUAUUGAUUUGUUGAUACUUUUACAAGUAGUUUUCAAUAGAAGUUAUUAAUCUUUA